GAAUUGUGCUAAAUUCUACGCCGUGACCUUCGCUGCGCCACAUUCAUUGCCAGUGUCAGCAGCGCAUAAAAGAAGGAACAAAAACCAACAACAACAAAGACAAGUGAAAGCAAGAAAAUCAAUGGAAGACUUAACCCCAUUGACCAACCUUCAACAGUUUUAGUUGAACGUUAUUUAUAUGUUUUCUUAACUGCCAGCGCAAUCAACACGCGCCAACUGCCCGCAUAUCCAUUUACUACAGUAUCUAGAUAACUUAUCUAGAAUUUUUAUUUCUUGCCGAGCCCGCCAAGCGCAAGCCGAAGAUGUCCGAGCGACAGCCGCUGCUGCUGCAGCAAAGCGACAAUUCCGAUUAUGAGGGCAGUCGCAGCGGAAACGGCUUAAUCCGACCGCCGGUACGCAGCUCACCGCCGGACAGUACGCUGGUCAAUGUGCACAGCGAGGACAGCAUCGCAGUGCACGCUGCAGCCGCCGGAGAUGAUGAUGACGAGCAGAGCAGCCAGACGGGCGAGGAGCAGCAGGGCAAGUCGCUCUACAAUCCCACACAUCAUCGCGCACUCGAGCAUCCCACAUCGAACUUUGAUACGUUGGUGCAUCUGCUGAAAGGCAACAUUGGUACGGGUAUAUUGGCCAUGCCGGAGGCAUUCAAGAACGCCGGCCUCUAUGUGGGUCUCUUUGGCACCCUGAUCAUGGGCGCCAUUUGCACGCAUUGCAUGCACAUGCUGGUCAAUUGCUCGCAUGAGCUGUGCCGACGGCUGCAGCAGCCGUCUUUGGACUUUUCGGAGGUGGCUUUCUGUAGUUUCGACACGGGUCCAUUGGGACUGAGACGCUACUCGCACUUGGCGCGACGUGUUGUGACCACGUUUCUGUUCAUCACACAGAUUGGCUUCUGCUGUGUCUACUUUCUGUUCGUGGCGCUCAACAUUAAGGAUGUGAUGGAUCACUAUUUUAAGCUGGAUGUACGCAUCUACUUGCUGUUGAUGCUCUUGCCCAUGGUGCUGUUGAAUUUGGUGCGCAACCUUAAGUACCUGACCCCAGUCUCUCUGAUUGCGGCCGUGUUGACGGUGGCCGGCUUAGCCAUUAGCUUUUCGUAUAUGCUGCACGAUUUGCCCGACACGCACACGGUUAAGCCGUACGCCACCUGGGCCACAUUGCCGCUAUACUUUGGCACGGCGAUCUAUGCCUUCGAGGGCAUUGGCGUGGUGCUCCCGUUGGAGAAUAAUAUGCGCACACCCGAAGACUUUGGCGGCACAACUGGAGUUCUCAACACGGGCAUGGUCAUUGUGGCCUGUCUGUACACCUCCGUUGGGUUCUUUGGCUACUUGAAGUACGGCGAGAGUGUCAAGGGCAGCAUUACGCUCAAUUUGCCUCAGGGUGAUGUUCUAUCGCAAUUGGUACGCAUAUCCAUGGCCGUGGCUAUAUUUCUGUCGUAUACUCUACAAUUUUAUGUGCCUGUCAAUAUGGUGGAGCCUUUUGUGCGCAGCAACUUUGAUACGACGCGCGCUAAGGAUUUGGCAGCAACGGUGCUACGCACAGUGUUGGUCACAUUUACCUUUAUUUUGGCCGCCGUCAUACCCAAUCUGGGCUCGAUUAUCUCGCUCGUCGGCGCCGUCAGCAGCUCAGCGUUGGCGCUCAUUGCGCCGCCCAUUAUUGAGAUGAUAACCUACUACAAUGUGGGCUAUGGCCGCUAUAACUGGAUGCUGUGGAAGGAUUUUCUCAUAUUGAUAUUUGGUCUGUGCGGCUUUGUGUUUGGCACCUGGGCCAGCGUGGCUCAAAUUUUAAAUCCGAGCAUAGACUAGAUAGAUGCCCUCUCCAAUAAUUUUGAUGAUCGUGUGCGAAUUUACGACAAAGGCUUUACUGUAGUUUCCUUUUUUUUUUAGACAACAACUCUACGAUAAGUUUUUCGUUUAUAUAUAGGUUUUUAGUUUGC